UCUUCACCCAGGUUUUUGAACGAUUCAGAAUUAACGAUGGCGAUCUCUCUCCCUUCUCUCCUCACUCCCCAAAACCCCAGCCCCUCUCCCCUCAAAUCUCACCGGAGGAGCCCUGUCAUCAAUAGAAAAUGGCGGAUCGGAGCUUCUUCCGCCGCGCCUGGGGUCGAUCUCGGCACGCUCGAGGCUGCCAUUGCCAAGAAAGAUAGUGAUGCUGUUAAAGGUGCGCUUGACCAGCUGGGUGAAAUUGGCUGGGCCAAAAAAUGGAGUUCUCAACCAUAUGUGUCACGCCGUAUGACAACUCUACGGGAGCUGACCUCUCUUGGAAUAAAAAAUGCAGAGAACCUGGCAAUACCAAGUGUUAGAAAUGAUGCAGCUUUUCUUUUUACGGUAGUGGGAACAACAGGGUUUCUUGGUGUGCUUGCUGGUCAGCUUCCUGGGGACUGGGGUUUUUUCGUGCCCUACUUGGUUGGGAGUAUUUCCUUGGUGGUGUUGGCUGUUGGGAGCGUUUCUCCUGGGCUUCUGCAAGCUGCCAUAGGUGGAUUUUCGACCUUUUUUCCUGAUUACCAAGAGAGGAUUGCUAGACAUGAAGCAGCACAUUUUCUAGUUGCUUACUUGACUGGACUACCAAUCUUGGGAUAUUCCCUGGACAUCGGAAAGGAGCAUGUCAACUUAAUUGAUGAUAGGCUACAGAAGCUGAUAUACAGUGGGCAGCUUGAUGCUAAAGAACUGGACAGAUUGGCUGUUGUGUCAAUGGCUGGACUGGCAGCAGAAGGUCUCAAGUAUGACAAGGUUGUUGGCCAGUCUGCAGAUCUUUUCAGCCUUCAGAGAUUUAUAAAUAGGAGCAAACCACCAAUCGGCAAAGAACAGCAGCAAAACCUCACAAGAUGGGCAGUGUUGUUUGGUGCAUCACUUUUGAAGACCAAUGCAACAACUCAUGAAGCACUUAUGGCUGCAAUGUCGAAGAAAGCUAGUGUAUUAGAGUGCAUCAAAGCAAUAGAGAGUGCCUCUUAAUGAGCAUUUGAUACACGUUCACCAAACUCAAAUGGUCUCUUUUUUGGGUCUGAUACUGGACAAACUCAACGGUCAUGCAUAAAAUUGCCUGGCAUAGUUCAAAUGAUACUUAUACUUGUAAAGAUACGAAAUCGUUUAUAUAUAUUGGUGAGGCAUGCUUUCUCCUCACUGUCCCCGAACUA